AUGAAGAAGCUGAUCAAGUUGUUCGACGAAUGCGAGGCUCUUACCGAGAAAACCAUGCACAGAACCCUAUACCUCAUCGAGGCAGAAAGAGGUAUCGGAUCCGGAUUUCCGCGAAACAUCUACUUCAUCCAAUCCGAGGCCAUGAAAUAUACCUCUGACGUCGCCCAGUUCAUAAGAGCACAGGAGAACCUGCAAUCAUUUCAGUGCAUUUACCUUUCUCCGACGCCCGAUGUUAUUGAUUCUUUGGGAUUACGAGCAAAUUCGCUACGAUACUUGGACUUCAUUUGCUCAAAUUUUCUCGAGUGCGGCCCCUUGAUUGGCGAGCCCUUGUUCACCACAACAUUCCCCAGGAUCAAGGACGUGACGGUGAUCGGAACGGACUGUCCUGAGUUAAGAUCGUGGGCACUGAAUUUGAUGACAAAAUUAUAUCCGGAUCAUGCAACCCAUGAUAAAUGCAAAGGGAAUGCGUUAGACGUCGACAUGUUCGACGUGAUCAACAAUGACUUUAAGGACAGCAUUCAAUUCGACCUCAACCAUGUUAGAGAGAUGAUGUUGCACGGACUGGAGUGUCAGGUGUGUCUCAAACUGUGCAUCUAUCCGGUGACCACGCCCUGCGGUCAUACUUUUUGCGACGAGUGCAUCACAAAUUUCAUGAAACACAACGACGUCUGUCCACUGAUCACCUGCAGAAACAACCUUCAAGGAAGCGAUAAAAAUUACUUCUACAGUCACCCCGUCGAUUCUCAAGACUACAUUAAAUAUGAGAAACGAAGAAAGUUUGCCGAAAUUAUGCUCUAUGAGGAAAUGUCAAUACUUGUUGUCCAAUCAGAGGUCUCCUACGAACUCGGUGAAAGUUACGUCAUCCCGGUCAAGUACAACAAGAUGAUUAAGAAAUGUCUCGAAUCUUAUCAUAGAAAGUUUGGGGUCGCUCUCAAGUGUCCGGAAAAAAUUUACCACGACGGUGGAACAAUCAUGGAAGUCGUGAAUGCGAUCCCCGGGAUCGAUAGAUCACUGGAGUUAACCGUCAUCGCCAAGGAUCGUUUCAGGGUUCUCGAGCGCAAAAGAAAGGAUGACUACGAUGUCGCCAAGGUUGAACUUGUGACAGAAAGCCCCGGAGAAGUCGACGUUGUGAGAAACAAUACCUCGAAUUUUGAAACUAACGAAUGA